AUUUACGUCCCGCCUUCAUUUAACUACACAGGAACAGGAAAACGUUAUUAAAUGUUCUUUCAUUUCUAAUUGUAAUGGAUAUGUAUACGUGAUUUAAUGUGUGGCAGUGAAAUUAUAAUUUAAUACGUCCGAAAAACUAUUCGCGUGGAAAUUUAAUGAGAUUAUAGAAGAAAAUAUAGUAUAUUCAGAAAUAUUGAUCGCAUUGUGAUUUUUGUUGUUUAUAAAUUUUACACGACUUGAAAAGUUACAGGAAGUUCGAAUAAUAUACAAUAACUUUAAUGACACAUUAAAAUAUGUCAGCAGAAGCAGAAGAUGGGGGACCAGCGUCUCCCCGUGCUAAAUAUGGAUCAAUUGAUGUUGGGGGAGCUCACAUGUCAGCUGAUGAAAUGGAUGAGCUUAGGAAAAAGAAUGUAGCAUAUGAAUAUUUAUGUCAUUUAGAAGAAGCAAAAGUAUGGAUCCAAGCCUGCAUUAAUGAAGAAUUACCUCCUACAACAGAACUAGAAGAAGGUUUGAGAAAUGGUGUUUAUCUUGCAAAGCUUGGUCAUUUUUUGGCUCCUAAGUUUGUACCAAUCAAAAGGAUUUAUGACAGAGAACAAACUAGAUAUCAGGCUCGAGGAUUACAUUUCAGACACACAGACAACAUCAACCAUUUCUUUAUUGCCAUGGAAAAAGUUGGUCUUCCUAAGAUAUUUUACCCAGAAACAACAGAUAUUUAUGACCGGAAGAACAUGCCAAGAAGUAUCUACUGUAUACAUGCGCUCAGUUUGUUCUGCUUCAAAUUAGGAAUUGCUCCACAGAUACAAGAUCUUUAUGGAAAAGUACAGUUUACAGAAGAGGAAAUAAGUGCCAUGAGAUCAGAGUUGGAAAAAUAUGGAAUACAAAUGCCAGCAUUUAGUAAAAUUGGGGGGAUACUUGCAAAUGAGAUGACAGUUGAUGAUGCUGCAUUGCAUGCUGCCAUUAUUGCAAUAAAUGAGGCAAUAGACAACAAAAAUUCAGAAGAAACCAUGACAGCACUUCAGAACCCCUCAGCAUUGUUGACUCAAUUGCAUGGCGAAAGUGCUGAGAAAUAUCAAAAUUUGUUGUUUGCAGCAAAGGAAACUAAAGCUGAAGCAGCAAGAAACAGGAGUUUGGACAAGAAUUUAGAGCAUGAUGUUUAUGAUGAGUAUCUAACACAAGCUGAAAUUCAAGGAAAUGUUAAUAAAAUUAACACUGUUGAGGCUUUAGUGAGAGUUGAUGAUGCUUUAUCAAGAAAAGACAAAGAUUUAUUACUACAGCUGCUAAAGUCACAUGAUCUUGGUAUUCAUAACAUCAAAGAUGAAAAUAUAGACUUUUAUAUAGUACAUCUGGAUGAGGCCAGGGAUAACAAAAUGAAUAAUAACACUGACAAAGAUUCAGUUUUGGGAAAAGAAGAAAUCCAGGAGGCAGUCAACCAAGGCAAUCUGGAUGCUGAUGUUGAAUAUCAGAGAGCUUUAGCAGUAACAAAUAUAAAUCUAGCAAUAGCAAAUGAUGAAGUAGAUCAUUUGGUGAAGGUUCUACAGAGCCCAUCGUCUCAACUUCCUCCAGUAUUUGAUACAGCUGGUUCCUUAUAUAUGGAAGAAUUCAAAAAUAUGAAAGAUGAAAAACAGGAUGAUUUAGAUUAUGAUGAAAUUUAUGCUGCUGUAAAAGUAUUGUCAGCAGUAGCAGCCAUCAAUCAGGCUUUAGAUGUAGGUGACCCAGAAAGGACAUUUAAAGCCUUGUGUAAUGGGGAUGCCUGUGUUCCUGAUCUGGAUGAAAACAAUAUGGAAAAAUACCAAAAACAAUUAUUGUCUCAGAAGGCAGCUAAAUCUGAGGCAUCAUGUGAGUUGCUGACCCAUUAUGAAAUCUGUACCUGUAUUGAAGAAAUCAAUCAACAAGUAACAGAGGAACAUGAGCGAAUCUUGGCCAUUGGAGAAAUCAAUAAAGCCUUGGGAAAAGGAGAUCCAACUGUAACAUUUCAAGCUUUGGAGCAGCCCUCUGCAAAGCUUAAUGCAAUUGAUGAGAAGCAGUCAUAUCGCUAUCAUGUGUUGUUGGUUCGACAGAAACAGGAAAAAGAGAAAGAAACAGGAGAUGAGGAUGCAGAACUAUGGAUUGAAGAAAUUCAGACCUCUAUAGAAUCUGCCAAUAAAGAUGCUGAAAGUGGUCUGAAAAUGUCUAAAGGUCUGUUUGAUGUAAACAGUGCUAUAGAUGGCACAGAAGAAAAUCUUGGGGAUAGUUUACAGAAUCAAGAUCUUGGACUGCAUAGUAUAAUACCUGAAUGUAUGGACCAAUACAAGGAUGGACUACAGAAUUGCAGGGAAAAUAAGCUUCAGUCUGGAAGUGGAGGCAGUGGAUGGAUGAUGAACAGACUGAAGGAUGGAUCAAAGUUUUAUUACAAUAUACACCGUGAUUCUUUUGCCUGGGCUAGACCUGAUGAUGUUGUCAAAGAUCAUUCUUUAUUAACAAAAGAAGAAAUACAGAAAGUGAUAACAGAUAUUACUUCAGCUCAUGACAGAGGAUUGUUUUUGAAAGCCAACGAAUCAUUUGUUGUAAAGAUACAGUCACAUACAAGAGGUUACCUGGCUAGGAAGCAGUACAAACAAAGACUUCAUUUUAUGCAAACACAAAUUCCUGCUGUUGUGAAAAUACAGGCUGCUUGGAAGGGUUCUAAACAGAAAAGAAAAUAUCAAGAAAGAUUACAGUACCUACAGGAUAAAGGAGACACAGCUGUUAAGAUUCAGUCAUUUGUCAGAAUGUGGAAAGCUAUGAGGGAUUUCAAGAAAAGAUUACAAUACUUCAAAGAUAAUGAAGCUGCAGUAGUCAAAAUCCAGGCAUUUGUCAGAUCCAACAAAGCUAGGCAUGAUUACAGAGCAUUAAUGAUGGAAGAAAACCCACCUUUAAAUGUUGUACAGAGAUUUGUUCAUUUAUUGGAUGCUAGUGAUGUAGAUUACUCAGAGGAAAUAGAAUUGCAGAAGUUACGUCAGAAGGUGGUUACAGAAAUUCGAUCAACGAAACAACUAGAAACUGAUUUAGAUCAAAUGGAUAUCAAAAUAGGGUUACUCAUUAAAAACAGGAUAUCUUUGCAGGAUGUUGUUAGUCAGGACAAAAAACUAUCUAAACACAAAGAAGACAGAAGUAUCCCAAAAGGUCUAAAGGCCUUAAAUAAGGAUUGUCAUGACCGUCUAGAAGCUUACCAACAUCUGUUUUAUUUAUUGCAAACUAAUCCUACUUACCUUGCCAAGCUCAUUUUUGAAAUGCCACAAAGUAAAACAACAAAAUUCAUGGAAUCAGUUAUUUAUUCAUUGUUUAAUUAUGGAUCUAACCAACGUGAAGAAUAUCUCCUUAUUCGACUCUUCAAAAAGGCAUUAGAAGAAGAAAUUGCAUCCAAAGUAGAUAAAAUGUCAGACUUUGUAACAGGAAACCCUUUGGUAGUGAAGAUGAUCGUCGGUUUUAACAGGAAUCAGAGAGGUCAGAAUGCUCUAAGAGAUAUGUUGAGUCCUUUAGUCAACAGUGUUAUAGAAGACAAAACUUUGAAAAUCAACACUAAUCCUAUUGAAGUAUACAAAGUUUGGGUAAACACCACAGAGUCUACAACUGGUGUAACAAGUGGUUUACCCUAUGAUGUUACAACAGAACAAGCCUUGAAACAUGAGGAAGUUCAGAUAUUGAUACAGGAGUCGGUAGAAAAAUUACAAGGAGUGUCUGAUUUCUUUCUGACAACUAUAGCUAAAUCACUGGAUAAAAUACCGUAUGGAAUGAGAUAUAUGGCAAAAAUACUGAAGACCUCCCUAAUUGCAAGGUUUCCAGAAGCUGCUGAAAAAGAUAUACUCAAGAUUGUUGGUAACCUGUUGUACUAUAGGUACAUUAAUUCAGCUAUAGUAGCACCUGAUGGAUUUGGUAUCAUCGAUGUAGGAGCAGAAAUAAAACUGUCAAAUGAUCAGAGGAGGAAUUUGGGAUCUGUAGCAAAGAUACUCCAGUUUGCAGCAUCUAAUAAAGGAUUUGGUGGUGACAGCUCUUAUUUAGCAAGUAUGAACAACUACAUCAGAGAGGCUCAUGAAAAAUUCAAAAAAUUUUGUAUGGAAGCUUGUGAUGUACCUGAACCAGAUGUAUGGUUUAAUGUAGACCAGUACACAGAUCUAGUCACCAUUACCAAACCAGUCAUCUAUAUAUCAGCACAGGAAGUCUGUGAUACUCACCAGCUACUACUACAACAUCAAGACCAGAUUGCUCCUGAUUCCCAGGACCCCUUACAUGAGUUAUUGGAAGAUUUAAGUGAUGUUCCAACUGUAAUAGAGUUAUUAGGUGGAGAGAUUCCUGAGGAUGAAAACAUACAAGAGAUGUUGAUAGCACAGCUAGGUAAAACUGAAAUUUCACUCACUUUGACAAACAAAUUUGAAGUUCCAGAAGAUGAUCAAGCUGAUGUCAAACAAUUGCUGAUCAGGACAAAGAGAAUGGUUGUUGAUGUUAUAGCCUGUCAACCAGCAGAAAAUGUAAAGCAAAUGUUAGAAAAUCCUUCUACAGAUGAACAGGAAGAUAUACAUCAAGCGAUUGUGAAGAAAAGAGAUGUCAGAGACAAGAAAAUGACAGAAUCUCAGGGCACUGGAGUAGUACGUCAACAGUCAAUUCUAGGUGAUGCAAGAAUGCCAUUAAGCAUUAUGAAAACAAAGAUUACCAAGAAUUUACAGACUUUAGAAUUAGAGCAAGUAGUUACAAGGAAAAAUAACUAUCAGGAUAUAAUCAAUAUGAUUGCUCAGGAUAUAAGGAAUCAAAGGAGAUAUAGGAACCAACGUAAACAAGAACUUAUGAAGAUCAAACAAACCUUAAAAGGUUUACAAGAAAAGAGGAAAUUUUAUGAAUCACAGAUAGACUAUUACAACAGAUAUGUCAAGACCUGUAUAGAUAAUUUACAAAAAAAAAGCAAUUACAGAAAGUCGAGAGGAUUAUUUAAACGUGGAGAUGCUGAUGAUAAGGAACACCAUGAGAAGUUAAAAUAUAGCGGUGCUAAAUUGUAUGAGAAGGGAAUAGUCCUUGAGAUAGAAGGUCUCCCUACAAAUCAAUUUAAAAAUGUUCAGUUUGAAAUUAGUGGUACUAAGGAUCCUGGAGUGUUUGAUGUUAAUGCUAAAUUCAUGGGAGUAGAAAUGGAUAAAGUGGAAUUAAUUUUUCAGGAUUUACUUCAGUUGCAAUAUGAAGGUGUUGCUGUAAUAGAAAUGUUCAACAGAGCAAAGAUCAAUGUUAACCUGCUGAUUUUUCUUGUAAACAGAAAGUUUUAUGGCAGACAAGGAAAGUAACCUGGUUGUAAUUUAUGUCUAACACCAUGACAAGUAAUUGCUAUUCUCUAAACCUUUGUAGCUAGGAACAGUUAAACUGUAAACAGUUUUCAUGUUUUAUGGCAGUUAAACUUAUGUGCUAUGAACUUGAUGACACAGUGAUAUCCUCACCAAGGUUUAUAUCAGUGCAUAUAUUCACUAGAAGUUAUCAUUCAUUAUUUUACAACAAGAAAAAGGUUUUGCUUCCCAUUUUAUUGUAAUGCUUUAGAAAUUAUAUAUAAAUGCUAUAAACUUAAUAUUGGAUUCUGUUAUAAAGAUACAUAUAUUUGAUACAUAACUAUUGAAGUGUCCAUGUGUAUGGUAUAUUUUGCUCAAUUGAACUUUUACUUUGGACUGCUGAAACACAUUGCAGUUAUUUAUAGUUUUAUGUUUUAUAUCAUUUUGAGCAAUUCAUAUUCUUUUAAUUUUGUAAAGUUAAUGUAACAUAUAUAUAAGAUAGAUAGAGUCUGGUAGAUCUGACCGUCUAAAGCUUUUUGCUUAACAUAUUUAGUUCUUUGUCAAAUAGUUAAAUAAAUAAUAGUGCCAUUUGCUUGAUUGAAGACUAAAUUCUAUGAAAGUUGUAUAUUUUACAGCUCUUUUCAUAAUGCUAGCAAGACAAAGGUUUGUUUGGCUUGCUUGCUUUGUUUGUAUCAAUGUUUGCUCAAGCAUUGUAAUUAAGAUUGACAUCUGCAAACAAUAUAAGUAGGCGGAGUUAAAUCUGUGUAAAGGUAAAUUUGAUUAUUUGAUAAUGUCCAAUCAAAUUUAAAUAUUAUGUAUACAAGUUUAAAUCCUCCUUUUUAUGUUGUUUUCAGAUGUCAAUCUUAAUUACAAUGCUUGA